CAGCAAGUGCCAGUGGGGCAGUUGGAGCUGAGGUCUGGGGCAGAUGGGCAGGCGCUGGGCUGCUGGGAGGAGAUGGGGUGCUGCUUCCUCCCAUCCUGCUCCACUGUCCUUACAUAUUUCCCCCGCUGUUGUUUUAUGUCAUUCACUCUGUGACUAUCUCAGUUUACAUCUCUAAAAGGUAAGGCCUCCUUUGAAAAGAAUGUACCAACCACAAUACAUCAUCACAUUUUAAAAUAUUAAAUGUAAUUCCUUAAUUUCAUGGAAUAUUCAGUUGGUGAUCACAUUUCAGGAGAGACUUUUAAGGGCAGAAACAUGACCCGGGCUGCCCCUUACCAUCUGGUUCCUGGUUUCGGGAAGGCUGGGGUUCCUGGAUUCCUAAGCAUCCAAGCAGAGGGGCAGAAAGGCCAUGGACUCACCCACUGAGGCUCACCCUAAAGCCUGGUGCUGCAUGCAAACCGAUGCGCUCAUUAGUCUUAUGAAAACCCAGGAACUAGCCACACUUGGCAGCCUCCCAACCCAGCACAGCAAGACAUGGCACAGAGAGGGUGUGCUACCUCCUCAAGAUCACACAGCUGGUAAAUUGCAGAGGCAGGAGCUCAAAGCGUGGGUGACUGGAGAGAGGAGUUCUCCAGCUGAGUGUGAGCUCUGUCCUUCACAUUAUCUGGCAUUUUCAUUCCUUCUCAGCACCCAAUUUGGUGAAUUGUGUGUUUUUUAAAACCUGAGUUUUAAAGUCUUAGCUAAAUAUUUAACACCAAAAAGCCAGAUGUUCUGCAAAACUGCCCUGGGUGCACACUUGCCAAGGGUGUCCACUUUGCCGUAGUUUACUGGAGAUCUGUGAAGCUUCCUGGUUAGGGUCAUCAGAGCAUGGAACAGAUGGGGAAACCAAGGUUUGGGAGAGCAAGGACUUGGCCAAGGUCACAGCUGAUGAUGGCCUGGGCCUGGGAGACUCUGCCCCUGGCUGGGGCUGUCGACAUUGGUCAGGUGCUGGGUGCCAGACCCAGGGCUAGUGCUCGAGACAGGGCAAGGGGGUGGGUGCAGAGAUGAUGCCAGGCGGCAGAGAAUCUCUGGCUUCAGAUGCAGGACAUUCCCCUUCCCCAACCUCGGUAAACACCCCACCGUGGUCACUGGAUGGGGACAAAGGUCCAUAGAGGUGGCCCUCUCACAGCCAGACACUGUUGACUCUCUUUGGACACGAGACCUAGCAUGGCCUUCACAGGGCGCAGCCUCCUCUCUCCUCUCUGCUGACGUUCUCUGAGCCCCUCCUGGGCACCAGUGCCUCACCAGGAGCUAGGGACACAGCCGAGACCAGACACCCAGCUGGCCUUCGUGGAGCCCCUGGUCUAGGGGGAGACGGGAGUUAGCUGGGCUGUCCUGAGGUGCUGCCACCAGCACGGCCAGCAUGGUGGACCACUUGCUUCCAGUGGACGAGAGCUUCUCGUCGCCGAAAUGCCCGGUUGGUUAUCUGGGUGACAGGCUGGCCAGCGGGCGGUCAUACCACAUGCUGCCCUCGCCCCUCUCAGAGGACGACAGCGACGCCUCCAGCCUCUGCUCCUGUGCCAGCCCUGACUCGCAAGCCCUUUGCUCCUGCUACAGCGGUGGCUCAGGUGCUGAGGGGCAGGACAGCAUCUUGGACUUCCUGCUGUCCCAGGCCACGCUGGGCAGUGGCGGUGGCUGUGGCAGCAUCGGGGCUAACGGUGGCCCCGUGGCCUGGGGGACCUGGCGAAAAACACCAGCUCCUGUGAAGGGGGAGCAUUUCUGCUUCCCCGAGUUUCCUGCGGGCGACCCUGAUGAUGUCCCAAGGCCCUUCCAGCCCACCCUGGAGGAAAUCGAAGAGUUUUUGGAGGAAAACAUGGAGCCAGGGGUGAAGGAGGCCCCAGAAAGCCACGGCAAGGACUUGGAGACCUGCGGCCAGCUCUCCACCGGGCUACACAGGAGCCACCUCCAUCCUGGGUCCGGUGGGAGAGAGCGCGGUGCCGCAUUGUCGGGCGCCAGUGCAGGCAGCAGCCAGGGCACCGGUGGGGGUCCCACGCCAGACGGCCCCAUCCCCGUGCUGCUGCAGAUCCAGCCCAUGCAGGUGAAGCGGGAAUGUGGUGCAGAGCCCGCCUCGCCUGGGCAGGCCCCAGAGAGCGUUAAGGUGGCCCAGCUCCUGGUCAACAUCCAGGGGCAGACCUUCACGCUCGUGCCCCAGGUGGUGCCCUCCUCCAGCUUGAACCUGCCCUCCAAGUUCGUGCGCAUUGCCCCUGUGCCCAUCGCCGCCAAGCCCAUUGGGUCCGGACCCCUGGGGCCUGGCUCCACCAGCCUCCUCAUGGGCCAGAAGUUCCCCAAGAACCCGGCGGCAGAACUCAUCAAAAUGCACAAGUGUACUUUCCCCGGCUGCAGCAAGAUGUACACCAAAAGCAGCCACCUCAAGGCCCACCUGCGCCGGCACACGGGCGAGAAGCCGUUCGCCUGCACCUGGCCGGGCUGCGGCUGGAGGUUCUCGCGCUCGGAUGAGCUGUCCCGGCACCGGCGCUCGCACUCGGGCGUGAAGCCCUACCAGUGCCCCGUGUGCGAGAAGAAGUUCGCGCGCAGCGACCACCUCUCCAAGCACGUCAAGGUGCACCGCUUCCCACGCAGCAGCCGCGCUGCGCGCCCCUGAACUGCCUGCCUGCCCUCCAGCCCGCUGGUGCUUUGUAGCAAUAAUUUAUCAGCCUCCUUCGGAGGACAGGACAGUGUUACCAGCCACCUUCUGGAGCUCAGGGCACCUGGGAGGUGCGGACCCCAAGCCCCCCACCUGAGCCUCCCCAAGGUGUCCCAGAGCGCCCGGCCGCCUGGGCUGGAGGCGGCCUUCGUGCCUUCGUGCCUUCCCGAGGCCUGGCCUCACCACAGGGGCACUGGCCUGGCCCUGCUCCCACUGGGCUCCCCGCCUGGGCUGAGGCCAGCACUUUAUUGCUGGGAAAGAAGAAAUGUGCAGUUUUGAAAUGUCAGUUCCCAGAGGGAGCCGUGCUGGGAAGAAGGAAGUAGGACAAAAGUCCAGGGCUGCACUGUGGUGUGAGCAUGGCUUUGUCCAAAAUGCCUGGCUCGGCCUGAACACCAGAGGGUUUACGGGCAGGGCGGGCAGGGGUGCAGGACCUGGCCUCCGGGUGGGUGCGGGAUUGGGGUGAAAGGCCCCUCUCUGCGGGUGGCAGUGCAUGUGUGUGAGUUAAACACAGGGCAGAUGGACAGGUGCAGGUUAGCCCCAGAGCAUCUGCACCCAGCCUGGCUCAGCGCCCCCAUCCUGUUUCCAGAGAGAUCCAGACAGCAGCCUACAGGGUGGCCUUCAGGAGGAAAGGGAGCAGCUGCAUUGCGUGUAGAAGAGCUAGAUAGAGCCUCCAAUCCUGAUUUAGAAAUGCAUUCCUUAUUUUGUCUAGAAAUUAAUAUCAAAUGAACUAGCUUGUUUUGAGAGGUUUAUUUCACAUCCUAUGAAUGUAUGUAAAUAAAAUGUACAUAGGUACAUCUACAUAAAAUCUUUUAAUAACGUAUCAACAUUGUGUAAAUUUGAAAUUUAAAUCUAUAAAGCUGGUGUACAUACGUUACAAUUAUGUAUAUUUUCUUUGGUCCUUCAUAAAAAUAUAUUUACUUUGCCAAUAAAAGGAAAAAGAACUCAAAA